CCCGCGGAGGCCCUGACCCCACCGCCGGCGGGCGCUGGCUGAGCUCCGAGGCGGCGAGUCUGCGGCGGGGACGCCCAGAAGGGGUCCGGGCGGCUGGGGGCGGCGGCGGCCGGGUCGGGGCUCCCCCCCCGCCCGCGCUCGCCGCGGCGGUGGUGCGUCCCGGAGGUUACCGGAAGUGGCCGCGCUCGGCGCUGCCAUGUUGAGGAGCCGCCGCUGCCGCUGCCGCCGCCGCCGCCGCCGCCGCUUUGUUGUCGCCUCCUCCGGCUGAGGAGGCUCCCCGAGCGGGGGGAGUGGGGAGGAGGGGGGUCGGCCGCCGCAGCCAUGGAGGCCAACUGGACCGCGUUCCUGUUCCAGGCCCAUGAAGCCUCCCAUCACCAACAGCAGGCAGCACAGAACAGCUUGCUGCCCCUCCUGAGCUCUGCUGUGGAACCCCCUGAUCAGAAACCAUUGCUUCCAAUACCAAUAACUCAGAAACCUCAAGCAGCACCAGAAACAUUAAAGGAUGCCAUUGGGAUUAAAAAAGAAAAACCCAAAACUUCAUUUGUGUGCACUUACUGCAGUAAAGCUUUCAGGGACAGCUAUCACCUGAGGCGCCACGAGUCCUGCCACACAGGGAUCAAGUUGGUGUCCCGGUCAAAGAAAACUCCCACUACGGUGGUUCCCCUCAUCUCCACCAUCGCUGGGGACAGCAGCAGAACUUCGUUGGUCUCAACCAUUGCUGGCAUCUUAUCAACAGUCACUACAUCUUCCUCGGGCACCAACCCCAGCAGCAGUGCCAGCACCACAGCUAUGCCCGUGACCCAGUCUGUCAAGAAACCCAGUAAGCCUGUCAAGAAGAACCAUGCCUGCGAGAUGUGUGGGAAGGCCUUCCGAGACGUGUACCACCUCAACCGGCACAAGCUCUCCCAUUCGGACGAAAAGCCCUUCGAGUGUCCUGUUUGUAAUCAGCGCUUCAAGAGGAAGGACCGGAUGACUUACCAUGUGAGGUCUCACGAAGGAGGCAUCACCAAACCCUAUACUUGCAGUGUUUGUGGGAAAGGCUUCUCGAGGCCUGACCACUUAAGCUGUCACGUAAAACAUGUCCAUUCAACAGAAAGACCCUUCAAAUGCCAAACGUGCACUGCUGCCUUUGCCACCAAAGACAGACUGCGGACACACAUGGUGCGCCACGAAGGCAAGGUAUCGUGUAACAUCUGUGGGAAGCUUCUGAGUGCAGCGUACAUCACCAGCCACUUAAAGACACAUGGGCAGAGCCAAAGUAUCAACUGUAAUACAUGUAAACAAGGCAUCAGUAAAACAUGCAUGAGUGAAGAGACCAGCAACCAGAAGCAGCAGCAGCAGCAGCAACAGCAGCAGCAGCAGCAACAUGUGACGAGCUGGCCAGGGAAGCAGGUGGAGACACUGAGACUGUGGGAAGAAGCUGUCAAAGCAAGAAAGAAAGAAGCUGCUAACCUGUGCCAAACCUCCACGGCUGCUACGACACCUGUGACUCUCACUACUCCAUUCAAUAUAACGUCCUCUGUGUCGUCUGGGACGAUGUCAAACCCAGUCACAGUGGCAGCUGCAAUGAGCAUGAGAAGUCCAGUAAAUGUUUCAAGUGCAGUUAACAUAACCAGCCCAAUGAACAUAGGGCACCCUGUAACUAUAACCAGUCCGUUAUCCAUGACCUCUCCUUUAACACUCACUACCCCAGUCAACCUUCCCACCCCUGUCACUGCUCCAGUGAAUAUAGCACACCCUGUCACGAUCACAUCUCCAAUGAACCUGCCCACACCUAUGACGUUAGCUGCCCCUCUCAAUAUAGCAAUGAGGCCUGUAGAGAGCAUGCCUUUCUUACCCCAAGCUUUGCCUACAUCACCACCUUGGUAAACAGUAUUAUAAAAUCAAAAUAUGGGUUAAAGUAAAUAUUUACCAGCAACUUACUUUUAGUUUAUUAAAGCAAAAAGUAAACCAUGAAAUCGGGAGAUUUUAUUACAUUAGUUAAUAAUAGUGUAGUAGCAUUUUUCUCCAAUUUGGCUGGGAUUAUUCAAAGUAGGGUGUGUAUGUAACUUAUCACUGGACCACUUUAGUCUAAUCAGAAAUUCCUUUUAGCUGACAGCAUUGCUUAAACAGGAUAGUAGUUGGCAAGAUAAAAUGCCAGAAUUAAAACCAAUCAUAAAAAAGCAAAACCCAUUUCAAAAUAAAAAAACAGCAUUAUUGUUUCUAAUCCCAAGAAAUCAUUUUAUUCUAAACACUAGCAAAACUCUUCUCCCCAUAUAAAGUGGAUGGGUGGAUGGCUGAUUUUAACCUGAAGUCCUAAAUCCACAGAUAGAGAGCUAGUGUAGAAUUGUCUGUGUUUAUUGUUUUUAUGAGUAAAUACAUGCAUUGUCAUAAUAAAAUGCAUUUCAGAGAAUAUGCAUUUUACCUUUGGGAAUAUGUUAAUUUCAGGCAGCAUUCCCUAUGGGAAAGGUGAUACCAGCUCUGAUAUGCAAAGCAUAUGAUAAUUUAUCAUUCUAACUUCAACAUAUAAUAGGGAUUGUGACCUGAUAUUUGGAGAUGUAAAUAUUGCUCAGCAUAUUAAUCCUGAUGGAAUAUAGCAUUGUAGUUGACUUUUUAAAAAAAAAAAAAAAAUUAAAAAAACAACAACAACAAC